AAUGCAGCUAGUAGUAUAAACCUUAUCGUUUACUCUUAUCUCACAAGAACCAAACCCCUCUUUGUUCUCUCCACAGAGAACUUGUUAUCUUUCCACUUUUCAAUCCUUCAAUUCUUUACAGUUGAGUAGCGGAGUUGUUGUUGUUGUUGGCGCCAUGGAUUCUGAAGAAGCGACGUUUUCCCCUCCUGCUGUCUCUUCUCCAGGUUCUUCUCCCAUCAACAGUUCUUCUUCUAAUCAUACUGAAACUGAAAAUGUCUCCAAAAUUAAUGUAGAAAUCACUGAUUCCGAUAUUAAUAGUAAUAGCAAUAGUGAGGGUAAAAGCGUUAGUGGUGUUUCAGGUGAUGUAACUAUUGUGGGUAGUCAGCAAGAAUUGCCAAUUCCUGCUGACCCAGAUGAGGGAACCCUAGAAAAAACUAUUGGUGAAGAGCAGUUGAAUGAUUCCGUUGUGGGUUCUGCGGAUGUUUCGAUGUUGAAGUCAGAGAAGCCUGUUUCUGAGGUUUCUAUGAGCGAGGGUGUUGAAAAUGUUGAGAUUUUAGGGGGAGGAAAGGGUGAAGAUGUUGGUGGUUCUGUUCCUGCUAUUGGGAAUAGUUUACCUGAUUCUACUGACUCUGAUGCCACCAAAUCUCUGGGGACGGGAAUUGAGGGUUCGGAGGGAAAUACUGAAGAGUUUGACCCAGUUGAUAAGUUGAAUUCGAUUGAGCAGGUGAAAGAUGGUGGUGGUGAGGUUGCAGUAGGUGCAGAAUUGAAAGAGGGUGAGGAUAGGUCCACUCAGGAGGAGGUGAAGGAAACUGUGGAGGAUGAAAAGAUAGAAUUGAAAGAGGGUGGGGAUAGGUCUAUCGAGGAGGAGGUGAAGGAGACUGUGGAGGAUGAAAAGAUGGAAUUGCAAGGGGGUGAGGAUAGGUCCAUUCAGGAGGAGGUGAAGGAGAUUGUGGAGGAUGAAAAGAAUGAAGCUUUAACUAGUGUUGCUUCAUCUAAUUUGAAGGAGGCUGAGGAACCUACCUCGGUCAUUGAAGAGAGUGCUAUUGCUUCAUCCAAUUUGAAGGAGGUUGAGGAACCUACCUCGGUCAUUGAAGAGAGUGCUAUUGCUUCAUCCAAUUUGAAGGAGGUUGAGGAACCUACCUCGGUCAUUGAAGAGAGUGCUAUUGCUUCAUCCAAUUUGAAGGAGGUUGAGGAACCUACCUCGGUCAUUGAAGAGAGUGCUAUUGCUUCAUCCAAUUUGAAGGAGGUUGAGGAACCUACCUCGGUCAUUGAAGAGAGUGCUAUUGCUUCAUCCAAUUUGAAGGAGGCCGAGGAACCUACCUCGGUCAUUGAAGAGAGAGCUAUACAUAGUGAUGAUGCCGAAAAACUCAAUAAGGUGGUUGUUGAACAACCGUCAGAAUCUUUGUUGGCUGAAACAGAUGGUGAGAAAUUUACUUCCGAAGGAGAUGCAGUUGUGGAUGCCAUUGAAGUCAAUGUCUCAGGGCCAGGGGUUGCUGUUGUUGGAGAUGUGGAAGAGAGCAAGGAAGUGGAAGAACAUAUUGAAGGUACUACUGAUGAGAAUGUGACAUCAGUAAAUGAUGUUGGUGAGACCAGACAACUUAUUGAAGAAGUGGUUAAUAUGACAGUUGAUGAAGUAGAUGCACAAGACCCUAAGCCUGUGGUGGAUGAUACUGUUGCAGCUGCAGAAUCAAAUCCUGUGGAUAACAUUGUUGGUGCUGGAAAACUAGAUUCUGGAGAUGUUCAGACUAGUGAUGUGGUAGCUGUUACUGAGGAAAUUAAAGAAGCUGAUCCUGAAACUGUUAAUAAAAGGCUGGACACCAAGGAUGUUGAAGUGGAACCUGAGCAGGCUGUGUCUGGAACUAUAUAUGCCAAUGGUGACCAUUCCGGAGAAAGCAUCGAGGGAGAUGUAGUGGAAGUUGAAGUCUCUGGUCAAACAUCUGCCAUAUCAAGGUCAAUCACUGGCUCAGAGCAAGAAGGAGAAGCUAAAGAUCAUAUAGAUGAAGAAGCUGACCUUGAAGGCUCAGUUUCAGAUGGAGAGACAGAUGGUAUGAUUUUUGGAAGCUCUGAAGCUGCUAAACAGUUUAUGGAGGAGCUGGAAAGGGAAUCUGGUGGUGGCUCUUAUGCUGGUGCUGAGGUUUCGCAGGAUAUUGAUGGUCAGAUUGUCACUGACUCAGAUGAGGAGGCUGAUACUGAUGAAGAAGGAGAUGGGAAGGAGUUGUUUGAUUCAGCUGCCUUAGCUGCUCUUUUAAAAGCAGCAACAGGUGGUGAUUCUGAUGGUGGCAACAUAACAAUCACGUCUCAAGAUGGAUCAAGACUAUUCUCUGUUGAACGUCCUGCUGGUCUUGGGUCAUCACUCCGGUCACUGAGGCCAGCUCCCCGACCAAGCCAACCCAAUCUUUUUACUCAUUCCAGUCUUCAGAACAGUGGAGAAUCUGAGAACAACUUGAGUGAAGAAGAGAAAAAGAAACUGGAGACACUACAGCAGAUUAGGGUCAAGUUUUUGAGGCUUAUUCACAGGUUGGGUCUUUCUUCUGAUGAGCCCAUAGCUGCACAAGUUUUGUACCGGAUGACACUUAUUGCACGAAGGCAAAACAGUCCACUUUUUAGCACUGAGGCUGCCAAGAUGAAAGCUUUCCAGCUUGAAGCAGAGGGGAAAGAUGAUUUGGACUUCUCCGUGAAUAUCCUGGUUAUUGGCAAAUCUGGGGUGGGUAAGAGUGCUACCAUAAACUCUAUCUUUGGAGAGGAAAAAACAUCAAUUGAUGCCUUUGGACCUGCUACCACCAGUGUGAAAGAGAUCAGUGGUGUUGUAGAUGGUGUUAAGAUUCGGGUAUUUGAUACACCUGGCCUCAAGUCCUCUGCGAUGGAACAGGGUUUCAAUCGCAGUGUCUUGUCUUCAGUAAAGAAGUUGACUAAGAAGAACCCCCCUGAUAUUUUCCUCUAUGUCGAUCGGCUGGAUGCCCAAACUAGAGAUCUCAAUGAUCUUCCUAUGCUGAAGACUAUCACAAGUUGUCUUGGUCCUUCAAUAUGGCGAAGUGCCAUAGUCACCCUCACACAUGGAGCUUCUGCACCUCCAGAUGGACCUUCUGGAUCCCCUUUAAGUUAUGAGGUGUUUGUUACUCAAAGAUCUCAUGUUGUUCAGCAGUCUAUCGGGCAAGCAGUAGGCGAUUUACGAAUGAUGAGUCCAAGUUUGAUGAAUCCCGUCUCUCUGGUAGAAAAUCAUCCAUCUUGUAGGAGGAAUAGGGAUGGACAUAAGAUACUACCUAAUGGCCAGAGCUGGAGGCCUCAAUUACUGCUAUUAAGCUACUCAAUGAAGAUCUUAUCUGAAGCAAGUGCACUUUCAAAGCCUGAAGAUCCAUUUGAUCACCGUAAGCUCUUUGGUUUCCGCACACGCUCACCACCUCUUCCGUACAUGCUUUCUUCAAUGUUGCAGUCACGUGCGCAUCCAAAGCUUUCUGCUGAGCAGGGUGGUGACAACGGUGAUUCAGACAUUGACUUAGAUGAUUUGUCAGACUCUGACCAAGAAGAAGAAGAUGAGUACGACCAGCUUCCUCCCUUCAAGCCUCUUCGGAAGGCUCAGCUUGCUAAGCUCAGCAAAGAACAGAGGAAGGCGUACUUUGAGGAGUAUGACUAUAGGGUCAAGCUCCUUCAGAAGAAACAGUUGAGAGAAGAGUUAAAAAGAAUGAAAGAGAUGAAAAGUAAGGGAAAAGAGGCGGCAAUUGACUAUGGUUAUGCAGAGGAAGAAGCUGAUGCAGGUGCAGCAGCUCCUGUAGCAGUUCCCCUCCCUGACAUGGCCCUCCCACCUUCUUUUGAUAGUGAUAAUCCCGCCUACAGGUACCGCUUCUUGGAGCCCACAUCACAGUUCCUUGCAAGGCCUGUUCUGGACACGCAUGGUUGGGAUCAUGAUUGUGGCUAUGAUGGUGUUAAUGUGGAACAGAGUUUAGCCAUUGCAAGUCGUUUCCCUGCUGCAGUUACUGUGCAAAUCACCAAAGAUAAGAAGGAUUUCAGUAUCAAUUUGGACUCUUCUAUUGCUGCCAAGCACGGAGAAAAUGGAUCAACCAUGGCUGGCUUUGAUAUUCAAAGCAUAGGAAAGCAACUUGCCUAUAUUGUCCGAGGAGAAACCAAAUUCAAAAACUUGAAGAAGAACAAGACUGCUUGCGGAAUUUCUGUUACAUUUCUAGGUGAAAAUAUGGUUACUGGACUUAAAGUUGAAGAUCAAAUCAUCUUAGGCAAGCAAUACGUUCUAGUUGGCAGUGCUGGCACUGUUCGAUCUCAGAGUGACACAGCUUAUGGGGCGAACUUUGAACUGCAGAGGAGGGAGGCAGAUUUCCCAAUUGGUCAGGUGCAGUCUACAUUGUCUAUGUCUGUCAUAAAGUGGAGAGGUGAUUUGGCUCUAGGUUUCAACAGUAUGGCACAAUUCGCUGUGGGACGCAAUUCGAAGGUAGCUGUUCGAGCAGGAAUCAAUAACAAGCUCAGUGGGCAAGUAACCGUGAGGACAAGCAGUUCAGACCAUCUCUCUCUUGCACUUACUGCUAUUAUUCCAACUGCAAUUGGCAUCUACAGGAAGCUUUGGCCGGAUGCUGGCGAGAAUUACUCAAUCUACUAAAUUUCAUUUUCAUAUCAGCAUUGCAUUUUUGGUUCAUUAGACCUUAUAUGAUGGCAUAUUAUCUUUGUCAGUUCAUUGAAUAAUGCUUCUGUUAAUUUCUUCCCAUCCAUUUAGGAUUCCUACUGUUAUGAGUUAUAAGUCAAUUUUGAGUGAUUGAAUGUACUUUUUUGCCAGAUGAAAUGAAGAGGUUUGUGUUGCUUUAAA